AACUAUUCUUCGCUCAAAAUCAAAAUUCUACAGCCAAACUCUUACGAAUCAGUUUUCUCUGUUGAAAAGAAAUCUAUUCCAAAAAUACUCACUCUCAUACUUGCAGAUUUGCGGCGGAAACCUAAAAAAUUCAACAAUGGAAGAUGAGGAAUUCUGCGAUUUCGAUUCAGAAUCGCUGAGCUUCGAGAAGGAUCGGCAUAUAUACUAUCUGGAGAUGAUGUAUCGGGGGCUGCCUGCUCCCUAUCAAGGCCAAGAGACCAUCCGCCUCACUCUCGCCUACUUCGUCAUCUCCGGCCUCGACAUCUUCGGCGCUCUCGAUCGAGUAUCUCCUCUUUCCAUAAUUCUAUUUCCAAUUCAUUCCCCUCCCCAUUCCUUUGUGAAAUUUAUUGAAAAUUAUGCUCGAGCUGCACAACUCAAUGGCAGUCACCUAGCAAGCACGUAUUGUGCAUUGGCAAUAUUAAAGACUGUUGGCUAUGAUUUAUCUCAAAUUGACACUGAAGUAUUAUUGAAAUCAAUGAGAACUCUGCAACGGCCUAAUGGAUGUUUUAUGCCCAUUCACACUGGAGGAGAAACAGAUCUCCGCUUUGUGUUUUGUGCAGCGGCCAUUUGUUCAAUGUUGAAGAAUUGGACCGGCAUGGAUCGUGAGAAGGCUAAGGAAUUUAUUAGAAAUUGUCAGUCGUAUGACGGUGGAUUUGGACUGAUUCCAGGUGCAGAAUCUCAUGGUGGUGCCACUUAUUGUGCUGUUGCAUCUCUUAAACUGAUGGGGUUCUUGGGAGAAGAUUCACUAUCUGCAGAAGCAUCCUCUGAUGUCAUCAACGUGCCAUUGCUUCUGGAAUGGAGUUUGCAGAAGCAGGCAUUCGAAGAUGGUGGCUUCCGAGGUAGAGCGAACAAGGCAACUGAUACGUGUUACGCCUUUUGGGUGGGAGGAACUCUAAGGAUUCUACAAGCCGAUAAAUUCAUAAACGAGGAAGCAUUGCGUGGAUUUUUGCUGACUUGUCAAUAUAAGUAUGGUGGUUUCAGUAAAUUCCCGCAGAUGUUGCCAGAUAUUUACCACUCCUAUUAUGGAUUUUGCGCAUUUAGCAUGUUGAGAGAACCUGGUCUCAACCCUUUAUGCGUUGAACUGGGUAUAUCGGCUAUUGCUACAAUUGGACUUUGAGUGCUGCAUUGGCACAAGAUCAGACCCGAGUAAAGAAGUAUACCGCGAUCAGCUACACUAACAGCACCAUAACUACAACUUUCUGCAAGAAAUUUAUCCAGGUCACUGUGUUUCUUUUUCCAUUGUCUUGUUUAUAAGCCACACAUUGCUGUAUUAAGUACUACUAACUUAUAAGCUUAGUCAAACAUCUUUCUUGAAUCUUGAUACAAAUACACUUGUGAUGAACUUUGACUCGUUUUGCAAUUUAGGGUACGGUCUUUGGAAUGUCGAAAUAUGGUCGACAUGUUA